AAUCCUACCAAAUGGCUCUGAUCAUAACCCAAAACUUCUUCAUCUUCUUUAAUUAAUUAGCCACCUCACACGUGUGACAACUCCUUCUUCGCCACGUGUGAAAAACCCUUCUCCCGCUUGCUACUUACUAUAUACUACUAAUAGUAUGAAUAAUACAAUGGCUUCUUCCGGCUUAGGUAGCCGGAGAAAGGAUCCGGCGUACAGAGGAAUCCGGUGCCGAAGUGGGAAAUGGGUCUCCGAGAUUCGUGAGCCUAAGAAAACCACGAGAAUCUGGCUUGGAACUUACCCCACGGCAGAGAUGGCAGCCGCCGCCUACGAUGUGGCUGCUCUGGCUCUUAAAGGAAGAGAAGCCGUCUUGAACUUCCCUGGAUCCGCCCAGUCAUACCCGGUUCCUGAAUCUAAAUCGGCAGCGGAUAUACGAACCGCUGCGGCCGCUGCAGCAGCAAUGAAGGGAUGCGAGGAAGGGGAGGAGGAGAAAGAGGCAACGGAGAAGAAUAGUAGUAGUUCGCAGUUCAGAGCGCGUGAGAGCCACGUAAAUAAUGAUGUGGCGGCGUCUUCGUCAUGGUGUGGGACAGAGUUUAUGGACGAAGAAGAAGUCUUGAAUAUGCCUAAUCUGCUGGCUAAUAUGGCAGAAGGGAUGAUGGUUGCGCCACCGUCGUGGAUGGGUUCUCGGCCGUCGGAUGACUCUCCGGAGAACUCAAAUGAUGAGGACUUGUGGGGCUACUGAUCGGUUUGUGUUGUCCACUAUACGUAUAUGUAAUCAUCUUCUUGUUCUUGCUGCUUUUUUUGUUCAUUAAUUAUAUAUGUCACAUGUAUGAUAUAUCAAAUCAUAUGUUUUAAUUAAGAUUGUUUCUUGUACUUUGAAUUAGGGUUUGGGUUUUCUUGGAGUUUUUAGGGUUAUCAAUUAGGGCUUAAUAUAUUAGCCUUAGUUAU